AACUGCAAGGGACAAGAUGGAGGCUGCGCUUGAUAAGGCGCUGGCCAACCCAGGGAUGGGUCUCCUAUUGCUGGAUGAGGUCAAUCGGGGUUUGGCUGAAGACGUCGAACAAUUACGUCAAGAAGUCGCGACAAUGCAGGAGGUCCAUAACAGCGAGUAUGUCAUCCACAAGAGGAAUACGCAUUACGUCGAUGAUAUGUCCCAGAUGCUGGAUAAUUUACAGAGUCUAGUGACGGCGCUACGCAAGGACAUCGACUCCGAGGGCAAGAGCGAAAGGGCUGCUUCGAGCGAGAGCGAGGGGAUCCUUCGUCAGUGCCGCCUCAAGCACAGCGAGCUCGCCAACCUCCAAGAAACCUCCGAACUCCUGCAGUCGCGCCUGACGCAACGGCAGAGGGAGUUCGAGGACAUGCAGAAGACGCUCGUGGGCGACUCUAGCCUGCUGAAGGAGUUGCUCGACCACUUGGCCGAGGCUGACAACGACAAUCUGCUCCUCCUGCAGUAUUCAGCCGAGGACGCUUCGAAGAUCAAGGAACUCAGCGUCGAGCUGGAACGCACCAGCGGGAAAGUCGCGGCGGCCGAAGCCGAAUUAGGCCAGAGGCAGAGCGAGGCCAGUGCAGCUCGAACGGUGCUUGAGCAGUUGGGCACUGCUUUCUUGCAAGCAGCGUCCCAGAGGGACCACUUGCUGGCACAGUGGGAAGCAACGCUCGACCACAUCUACCAGGCAGCUAAGAGUCAGACGCAGUUUAUUGAGGAUUCUCUGGCGACUCAGCAGAAGAUCGGGAUGCUCGUCAAAGAGGUGGAACAAGAGAGCGAAAUCUUCAAACAGAUCGACACCUCGCGUUUGGAAGUCCUGACUGCCUUGCAGAAGGUUGAAGAAGAGGAAGUCUGGCUCAAUACGCAAUAUAAGGCUGUCGUCGAAACGAAGGAGCAGAUACAGUCCCAGCUGUGGGCCUUGCAGAACGCCUUCACCAAGCUGAACAAGGACAUAGAAAACCAGCAGAACCAGCUCUUGGAGAAGCGUUCCUACAGGGAUGAGAAGGAAGCUCUGGUGGCCAGUAUGGAACAGCAGUGCAGUAGGGCCGAGCACAAGCUGACUCUGAACACAGAAUUGGUCUGCUCAGUGGAGGACAACAUCAACUCACUUCAGGUCAUGCUAAAGGAUGGUGAAGCCCUGGUCAAAGGCCUGAUCAAGCAGAAGGAGAGGGUCAUGGAAGCAGAGCAGCACCACCUGCAGGCCGUCGGCAGGUGGAAGGAGCAAGAGGCCCUUCUGAAGGGCGAGAUCACCGCCCUGGUCGCCGCGAAGAACCGGGACUUGAACCACAUGAAGGAACUGGACAUCAGAGCCUUCAAGCAGAGGGAGGUCAUCCAUGAUCAGGAGGGCCACCUUCAGCAGCUCAGACGUAGGCUCCACGACCUCACGCACGACGGCAACAACAACGCCGUCGACGUUGAGCAGCAGAAGAUGCUGGAAUUCCUGCAACUGAGACUCCAGGAGACCUCCACGACAAUCAAACUCCUGUCGAAACAGCUGAUAUUUCUGAAGAACUCGAGAACGCGCGAACAGACGAACGUCUCCACCUUAGAGAGAGAGGUGACCAAAACCGAGAGCGAGAUAGCGACCAUUAAAAUGAGCAGCGACAGUGCGCAGAGGGAAUCGAUCAAGCUGACUGAGAAACGAGAAGAGCUGAUGGUAGACGUCAGCUUAACACAGCUUCACCUUCAACGACGCUUGGCCCACCUUCAGAGCCUGACUGACACGGUGGGGCGGAUGUCGCAGGACAAAUCGGAUAUGGAGAAGCUCGUCUCGGAACAAAUCAGCGGAGUGAAAGGACGCAUCGGCGUCAUAGAAGUGGCCAUGAGGAGCCUCAACGCCGAAAUGCACACGCUGUACUUGCAGUUGCACGAAGUCAACACGAGAGUUCAGCAGAUCAAGGACAAGUACAAGAAAGUACAAUCCAGCCUAGACAAUCCCGAAGGAGAAGACGAAGUGUCAACUACCCAGGUUUUCUUAAAGGUAGCCAGCGAGCGGGCAGGCCUCCAAGAGACUGGAGACAUGUUAGACCUGGAAGUGAGGAGGGCCGAGGAAGAAGUGGAAGCCUUGCAGCAGAUGGUGAGUCUCCUGAACGUGGAAGGACAGCAAUAUCGCUCCCAGAUACACCAGAUUCUCCAUUACAGCGAAGAGGAAAAAGACAGAGUCCUCCUGGAAGAGAAUCUGGCUUCUCUGGAAGAAGAAAUGGCCCUGUGGAAUUCUAUGCACGAUCAGGCAAGACGGGAGAUGCAGAGCUCACAGAACAAGCUCCACGAAGUAGAGCUCCAAGUCCACGCCGUGGAGGAGCUCCUGAGGGAGAAGAACAUCCACAUGACAGCCGUACAGCGUGAAACAGAGUGUCAGCUCACGAAGGCGCGCCAUGCUGCGCAGGCUGUGACAACACUGCAAAGGAGGACAAGAUUCAGAGGCUUACAGCAGAAUGACGUAGAGUUACGACUAGCGCAGGAGCGCCUGCGCAUGGUGAACUCCCUGCUGGGGGAGGCAGUGUCCUCCUACCAAGAAGCCACGGACGCCCUCAUCAUCUACUGCCAGCAAGUGAAUGUUCCUCCACCCGAUGUCAUUAAGCUGACCAAAAAGGCCUCCUUCGGUUCGAGAUCGAGCUUAGGAACCCUGGACUCCUCGCGAAGCAGCGCCAGCAGCAAGGCCAGGAGCAUCUCCCCGGGAGGCCUCUCGUGGAAAUCGCGAAGCCGCAGGUCCUCUGUGGCUUCCCUCCAUUCGCAGGACUCGGGUCGAAGCGGCUCUCCAGACCGAGGACCCAGGAGGUCGAAGAGUUCGGAGGCUAUGCAUGUUCCUCCUCCGUCGGUCAAAACGCCGACGGCGCCCGGGUUAACACUGAUAACCCCAGCCUUCCCAAGCACCGAGGUCAAGAGGCAGCACUACCAAGGUAAGAAACUCUCCAGAAGGCCAACGCAGCAUUUGUAGAAAUUGGAUGAUGAUGUCUACCAAACUUAUAUAGUUAAGUAAGGUAAUAGUUUUAUAUGUUGUGGAGUUCACCAAAGU